CGAAAGAUAAAAGCACAGGCGCAAAUAAUAUAAAUAAAAAAAAGUAAAAAAGUAAAAAACAAAACAUAAAAAGAAAGUUAGUUUUACAACUACAUUCUUCCUUUUUUCAAGAUGAACAAUAGCAUUUAAAACUCUCAAGCGAAUAGCAGCACUUAAAAUACCGUUAGCAAUCUCUUCUAAGUAGAGAGCAUUCCCAUACUUCGCUCAGCUGAUUUAAAUACAUGCUUUUCAAAGGGAUUUUCAACUUCUUUUAAGCCUGUAUCUCCUUUAAAUAGCACUGGCAGUAAUAUCAUAAAACCUGUAGCAGUUAAGAGAACUUCCUCAUAAGCAUCAACACCUCUUGCUGGUUUAUAGAAUUUAUUAUCGUUCUCAAGUUUAUUGAACAACACUUCUAAGAAAACAGAUUUGUAAUAGACUACUUAAGAUUAUGAAAAAGAAAAUAUGUCAAAUGCAACUUUAUCAUAUUAACUUAUGAAAGAAUUAUAGCAUUAAUUGCAAUUAGAGCUGUCAUAGCAAUCGUAGAGCACACCUCUUUCUUCUUCAACAAUAGGAAAUUAAAUGAAUGAAUAAUCUAUUGCUUCUAAUUCUUCACCAUUAUUCUAAUUUUUUUCUUAAACUGAGUGCAAUAACAAUCAAAACUUACUAUCUGGAGCUACAAAUUUUAAUAAUUAGUUGUUAAACAAGAAUAGUCCAUGUCUUUAAGCUGCUUAGAAACCAAUCGCAGAAGAGUAGGAAGAAGCUACCUCUCCUUGUGUAGUAAAAAAGAGAAAAGUUCAAAAGAAAUCAUAGGUUAGCUCCUAAAAUCUAAAUGAAUAAAAAACAGAAGAAAUGGAAUCAGAGUGCUCUAAUGAUUAAAAUAAAUCUCAAAUAUCAGCUUCAUUAGUUAAUUUACAGCAAGAAUAAGUCGAAGAAGUAAAAAUAAUUCAAAAAAAAUCUAAAGUCGAAGGUAAAAAGCGCUAAAAGAAAAGCAAAAAGAGCUCAUAAUCAUUAGAAGAAUAGUAAAGCAAUCAAAUAGAUUUUAAUAAAAGUGAUUCUCAAAAGGAAAGUCUUACAGAUACCAAUUAAGAAGAUUCAAAUAAAAAAGGUGAUUCUCCACUUCCUUCAUAACAGGAAGUUAACAAUCAAAAGGAGGAUCAAUCUAAUGAGAACUAAUCAGACGAAGAAGAAGGUGAUGAUGAUGAGGAAGAUAUGGAGUAAUAAUCAGCUGAAGGAAAGCCCCAUAAAUAAUCUUUAAGUCAGUAAUAAUAAAAACUCCUCAUGUAAAUAGGAGAAAAUUAAGGUAAUGGCUCAAAUAAGAAGACUAGAAUUUGUAAUUGUAAGAAGACAAAAUGCUUGAAGUUAUACUGCGAUUGCUUUGCAGCUGGUGAAUUUUGUGGAGCUGAGUGUAACUGCUGUGAAUGCAGCAAUACUGUUGCAAAUAAAGAAGCUAGAAAUAAAAUAGUUGAGGGGCUUUUAGAAAAAAAUCCUUUUGCCUUCAAUGUUAAAGAUAUUGAAAUUGAAGAGCCUUCCUAACUAAGCCUCAAAGCAUAAAAGAAAUUAGCUUCUAAAAAAGGCUGUAAUUGCCGCAGAUCUGGAUGCCUAAAGAAAUAUUGUCAAUGCUAUUAAGAUGGGUUAUAAUGCGGCGAGCAUUGCAAGUGCAAUGGUUGUGAAAAUUGCGAGAAGCCUGCUAAAAAGCUCUUCCUUGCUGAGUAAAACUCAUUAUCACUCUAAUCACAAAAUAGUACUCCAAACAACAAUAAUAAUACUAAUUCUUUUAAUACAUAAUCUUUAUUAAUUAAUAAUAAUUUAAGUCUGAGUAAAUAGAACUCUCUUAAUUUCAAUGAAAACUAAAACAAAUAAUUUUAGGCAUCUGUCCAAUAUAAUAAUUAAUUAAAUACCCAAUAAAACACCUCCAAACUCAAUAAAGCUAAUAAUAAUUUCCUACUCAACUAGGUUAAUACUACCUUUAACAAUAAUAAUUAUAGUAAUAAUAAUAAUAAUAAUAACAACAACAAUAAAAGUUCCAGCAACAACCAACAUAAUUUAUUAGAUGAAAGCGCUCAAUAGCUUGUAUUGACUUAAAUUUUAAGCAGCAUGGUUGCCUAAUAAACUUCGAUACUUAAUAACCCUUUAAUAUAAUUAGCCACUCUGUAGGCAUCAUUAUAGUCAGUUUUAAUGCCCUAGCAAUAGCAAUAAACCCAAUAAAAUAGUUUUGAAUCAUCAAUAGAAUCACUUUUAUUGUAGGCAGCAGCUGUUGCAGCUUCAAAUUCUCUCAAAGACACUUCCAAGCUGAAUAAAAAAUAUGAGUGA